AUUUAGAAAUCAUAAAAGAACAAAAAAAACACAAAAAAGAAUAAAGUCUUUAGUCUUUUUCUCUUGUACUAAUUCCUCCUUCCUUAUUUUCCUUCAGAUCAAUUGCGAAAAUAUUGGUAGAUCAUCAUGAGGUAGAUUGAAAAAAAUAGUCAUGUUGAUCUGAAAACUUUACAAAGGAAGGAGAUUUUUAUAGUUUAGGAAAUGGAGGUUCAAAGGCUACAAGAAUUAAUGUGGUUAUGGUCAAGAUUGCAAAGUAAUCGUGUUGCCCUCGUGGGUGGAAACCACACCGCUUCUAGAUUUUGCACUCGUUAAAAUUAUAGCCAUUUUGCACCUCUAGCUACUUCCCUUUUGCUCUUUAGAUUGAAUUAAUUAUUUGCAUGUUCUCUUUUUCAAAAAUUGUACACACCUUCAACCUUUUUGAACUUUCUUCUUUUGCUUACUGGCCCGAUUGAUUCAGAUUCACACCAACAUAACGAAAUUUUUUUGGGGAAUUCCAUUGAACAUUUGACAUCCGAUUAAGGGUGGAGGCGGGAUUAAAUCGAUUGUCCCGCUCAAAAAAGACAAAAUGAGGUAUAAGGCAAUGAAUUUGUUGCAUGGUUCUCAUACCAAACAAGACAAAAUGAAAAGCCUAUACACGGAUGCAUUAGGCUUUUAUGGUGAUACACAUUUGGUCAUUAUUAAAUUAAACCAUUUGUGGGUUUUGAAGUUGAUUUCUCAAGUUGCUAUUUUGGGAUUGGUUAUUCUCUCUUUCCCCUGGAUUAACACGAUAAUCAGGGGAUUAACAUCGAGCUAUGGAUAUAUCAAUGUUUCUAAAGCUGAUCACAUGGCCAAUUAUAAUCCGAUUAAAUUAGAGUCUUUGCCUCUAAUUUUUCAUGAUUUGGCCAAUGAAGGCCUUCUCAAAACAGGGGACAAAUCCCUAUUUAUUACCAAUGGAAAUGAAGAAGUUAUCUACAAUUCUCAAGUUACAAGUGAUUACAACAUGGAUUUGAUUUCUCUUUCAAAUUUGGCACGUAAAGAAGAGACUUAUGACUUUGCACUAAUUCCCUAUGACUCCUCCAAAUCUCUCAAUAUUGUCGAUCGAGCUAUGAGGGUAGGUGGCAUCGUCGCUAUCCAACUAAUUAGUGACGACACUAUGAUUACAUUUUCGCAACCAUCAAAUUACAAAGUUGUCUACGUACGAAAAUUCGAUUCCACAAUUAUAGCCCUGCGAAAGACAAGUUCAUUUGUCUCUACCAAAUCAACAACUACGACACAUCAUCAUCGAAAAUUGUGCAAUUUUGGUCCAAACGCGAAAGAGGAUGCAUUAAAAAAACUAGAAGACGUACUACUCGAACCACCUAGAGCAGCAUCAGGAAAAUCGAGUAGAUAUCUCAAACGGACUCGUUAUUUGCCAGAAUUGAUGGACAUUCCCCUUGAAAGCUACCCACGAAGGGUAUUUAUUGAUGUUGGUUUACAAAAUAAAAACGAAGCAUCAGGCGAUUCUAGUUGGUUUUCGAAGCAUUAUCCAACUAGAAAUACGAAAUUCGAGAUAUUCAAAAUUGAAACAGUGACAAAAGAGUCAAAUGCACCGUUGAUUGGAAUGUCAGAUUGGCUAAAGAAGAAUGUGAAGGAAAAUGAGUAUGUUGUAAUGAAAGCAGAAGCUGAAGUGGUGGAAGAAAUGGUAAGGAACAAAGCAAUUAAGUUAGUUGAUGAACUUUUCAUGGAGUGUAAGCAUCAAGGUGUGAAAAAAGGUGAUAAAAAGAAAAGUAGGAGGGCAUAUUGGGAAUGUUUAUCGUUGUAUGGUAUGUUGAGGGAUGAAGGUGUUGCUGUGCACCAAUGGUGGGGUUAAAAAAUUUGUGUCACAUAGGACUAACAUUAUAAACGGUAUAAAGCUAUUUAUCAAGUUGCUAAUCGACGUUUAUUAUGAAAAGUUAUUUGCAAUUACCUUAUUAAUGAUCUGAUUGUAUAAAGAGGUAUACGGGAAAGAUGUGAAGAUUAGGAAGUGAGGUUUUGACGUCAUAUUUUGUUGGAUCAUUUGAUGUAUAGUUUGGAAUUAUUUUUGUUCAGCAAAAUGAUAUGUUAAUAGGGUGCCAAAAGAUGUUAAAAGUAUGGCAUAGUGAAUCAAUAAUUACUCUCGUAUCUUUUCUUUGUAUUUUUUUCCAUUGUUAUAACAUACUAGGUGCGUUGAUCUCGGAAAAAAAAAAGUUGAGUUAUUAAGGAGUAAAGGUGUGUCUUUUUUUUUUUUUCCUGUUUUUUUCCUUUCAUUUAAAU